AUGACGAUUGACCUCGAUGAGGAUGUGGGAAUGGUCGACUACGAGUGUGAAACUUCUGUUCCCGCGUUGAUUGACGAGGAAGGCGAGCGCCAGCGGCGUGUGACGAUCCCUGCUCGCGCCUUGCGGACCCCAUGUCUGUUUCCUGACUUCUCGUCACAUGAGGGACGUGGUGUAGUCACCAAUGACCUCGACGGGGCAGAGAGGCGGCAGCUGAAAGCUGCCCUGGAGAAAUUCGAUGAAAUUGAGGAAGCAGCAGGAAAUGGCCCGGUGAAUGUGUUGGUCGUUGUUCGCGAAGGUGCCGAUGGUUUGCCUACAAAGACUAUCGAAAAGAGCUCCAACGACUCGUUUGGAGCACGGGAUAACUCAGAUGAUUGGCUGGCGAAAAGGAUUGAGUAUCACUCAUUGCCAUCGAUUGCGUCGCUACCAAAGUUCAUCGAGCAUUCACUGCCUGUGAAGAUUCGUAUGAACCCGAAGGUUCUGUCUGUAUGGUCAUCGUUUCCUGGUGGCCUCGGCACGAAUGUUCGAGAGAAGCUGUUUGCCGUGGAUGAUGUAAAAUCGUGCGAAAAGAUCAGAAGGAAAAUCGAGAACAUGCUGGAACCGCUUCGAAGUGGAGACACAGAGAAAUCUUUCAUUUGGUUUUGGGAUACAAUGAUUCGCGCUCUUUUGGAUUUAAUGUUCGUCAAUGCUCGCCUGAACCGUGAUACGAACCAUCAGUCAUCUACUGCAAAGCAGCGAGCAGACUUCAUGUUCUUUUUGAACGAGGUGUGUGUAUUUCGUGGUGAGGAGAAACAACCAGCUGUUGAUUAG